AUGUCGAAGAUACUGAGAAUCCAAAGGGCGAGACCCGUGACUUGGGGGAGUAGCUUCACAGUUCGAGCGCCUCGCCAAUUCAGCACAACGAGGGCAGCUUUGGCAGUGCGAGGACAAUCCAAGCUCUUCAAAGAUGCCGAUGCUGCGGUCGCCGAUAUUAAGAGUGGUUCAACACUUUUGAGCUCCGGAUUUGGUCUCUGUGGUGUCGCUGAUACUCUAAUUGGGGCUUUGAAUCGACGAGGUCGCGAUUCUCUCAACUCACUCACAGCUGUGUCGAACAACGCCGGAGUCGAAGGCAAGGGUGGAUUGGCGGUACUCACGAGCGCAGGCCAGGUCGAUCGCUUGGUCUUGUCAUACCUCGGAAACAACAAGGUGUUGGAGAAGAAGUACCUGACAGGCGAAUUGGCGAUCGAGCUCUGUCCGCAAGGCACUCUCGCUGAGCGCAUUCGAGCCGCCGGCGCUGGCAUUCCCGCAUUCUUCACACCAACUGCAGCUCACACACUUCUACAAGAUGGCGAAAUUCCCGUACGAUUAGACAAAUCAGGCGCCGUUGUGGAAAAAGGCCGAAAGAGAGAAACCCGCGAAUUCAACGGCCGAACAUUCCUCAUGGAAACAGCUCUCGAAGGCGACGUUGCGAUUAUAAGAGCUUGGAAGGUCGACAAGGAGGGUAAUUGUGUCUUUAGAUAUGCGACAAAAGCUUUCGGUCCACUCAUGGCAAAGGCUGCCAAGCUCACCAUCGUCGAAGCCGAAAAUAUUGUCGAAGCUGGCGAAAUCGACCCCAACGAUGUCGACCUUCCUGGAAUUUUUGUCGAUCGAAUCGUUCCCUCCACCGCGGAGAAGAAUAUCGAGAUUCUCAAGCUGAGAGAAGAUGGAAAGGAAGGUCCGCCCAAGGCUACAAACGAAGCUCAAGAGCGACGGAACCGUAUCGCAAGACGAGCCUCCAAAGAGCUGAAGCCUGGAUAUUAUGUCAACCUGGGUGUUGGAAUUCCCACGCUGGCUGUUUCUUUCCUGCCUCCCGAUUCGACUGUGCAUAUCCAGUCUGAGAACGGUAUCCUUGGAAUGGGUGCUUAUCCUACAAAGGAUGAGGUUGAUGCUGAUAUCAUCAAUGCCGGAAAAGAAACAGUGACUCUUGUUCCUGGCGCAUCCGUCUUCGACUCAGCCGAAUCUUUCGGUAUGAUCCGUGGCGGCCACGUCGAUGUGUCAAUCCUUGGUGCCCUUCAAGUCAGCGCCGUCGGCGAUUUAGCCAACUACAUGAUCCCAGGCAAGGUGUUCAAGGGCAUGGGAGGCGCAAUGGAUCUGGUAGCCAAUCCCGACAAUACCAAGAUUGUGGUAGCGACCGACCACUGCGCCAAGGAUGGCUCAUCCAAGAUCAAGCAGCAAUGCACGCUGCCUCUAACAGGCGCACGUGUAGUGAGCACCAUCAUUACCGAUCUUUGUGUAUUUGAGGUCGACAGAGAGCAGGGAACCCUGACGCUGACGGAACUUGCGCCGGGUGUGACUGUCGAUGAGGUUAGAGGCAAGACGGAUGCAGACUUUUUGGAGGCGGAUGAAUUGAAGCAAAUGGAAUGA